UGCACGUCAGUGCCUGAACCAGGGACAUAUUCGUCGAAGCGUUCGAACGUCAACUUCACAAUGAGUAGAUAUACAUUCUUGUUGUUUAUGUUGGGGAAAUCCCUGAUCGUUCUCAGCUUCUUAGCAGUAGUCCGAUCCCAGCCCAGGGUUACCGUUGAGCAGGGUGUAAUUGAGGGCACAACCGAGACCUUUAAGGAAGAUGAGUUCACCGGAGCAGGAGGCACGAAGGUGGAUGUCUUCAAGGGGAUACCGUUUGCCGAGCCGCCUCUCGGUCAGUUGCGCUUCAAGCCUCCGAUGGAGAAGGCAGCGUGGGGUGAGGAGGUCUAUGAUGCCACCUUCUUCAGGCCUGCCUGCCUUCAAGAUCCCUUCUACGCCUUCACGUUGGGUUUUGAGACGGACGAGAACUGUCUUCAUCUCAAUAUCUUUGCGCCAAAUAAGUCGGUGGAAGGGGGAGCUGCCGUUAUGGUCUGGAUCCAUGGCGGUGGAUUCACGUUUGGCUCUGCGAUAGAACGGGUCUAUAAUGGACUGCCAUUGGCCGCUGUGGGUGAGGUCAUUGUAGUCACCGUCAACUAUCGCCUUGGCGUCUUCGGAUUUCUGUCAACGGAUGAUGAAGUAUCGCCAGGCAAUGUGGCACUGUUGGAUACUGUCCUCGCUUUGGAGUGGGUCCAACAGAACAUCGAAGUUUUCGGUGGCAAUAAGGAGCGGGUCACGAUCUUCGGUGAGAGUGCUGGAGCAGUUCUGGUGGGAUUCCUCGUGCUGUCUGAGAUGGCAAACGGAUUGUUCAGUCAGGCAAUAGUAGAGAGUGGUGGGUCAAUUUCACAAGAGGUCGGGCCAUUAACCGAAGAAGGCGACAAGGUGCUUCGCCAGAGGGCCUUCCAGUUGGGCGAGACUGUUGGGUGCAGUAAGUCGGACAGCGCAGCUCUGAUUAGCUGUCUGCAAGAAGUUGACGGCAACGGUCUUAUUCAGGCUCAAUUAGCGGUUUAUGAUCGGAUGUAUCCCAACGUGGACGGUACUUUCCUGACCAUGACCCCGCUCGACGCGUACGCCUCUGGGACCUACAACCACGUGCCGAUGCUCAUUGGUACGAAUGCUGACGAGGGGACGUUGUUCUUCGCGUUCAACCCUCUAUUUGUGGAGUACUUGACCGAUAAAGAGCCACCCCGUGUCAACAGGACCGUGUUUGAUGCGCUCCUUGUGAGCACGUUCAAGAUGUUUGCUCUAUAUGACAAAGCAGUGUUUGAUGCUACCGAAAUGAGGUACAUUGACUGGUCGCAAGCCGGGUACGAAGACGCCGAUUACUUCCGAUCAAUGGUGGAAUUCUCAGGCGACUGGCUCUUCACCUGCAACGUCGACAAACUCGCCCGACUCCACGCCAGGGAGAAUCGAGUGUAUCGGUACCUGAUGACACAUGUCCCAACCGUGUCCUACUACAGCUUUCAAGGAGUGACGCCGGGCUGGAUCGGAGCGGGCCACGCCGAGGAGCUCACGUUCGUCUUCGGGGCGGCGUUCGUGCCCGGAAACCCUUCGGCUAAUCUGACAGACGCCGAGAAAGUGUUUUCCGUCAAAUUCAUGAAAUUGUGGACAAAUUUCGCCAAGACCGGAAAUACAAGCGAGGAGUCAGCGGGUUCCCCGCCGAUUUCGGACGAGUACAUCUGGCCACUGUUCAGCAGCCCCGAUUUGGAGUACAAGGUGCUAGACCUGAACCUGACAACGAGCCGAGCUCUCAAAAGUGACCAAUGCUACUUCUGGAACAACUACGUGGAGCAGCUUAGGACAUUGUUAGGUGAUCUGGAUGAGGUAGAGCGUGACUGGCGACAAUCCUUCGAGACCUGGAAGAACACCGACAUAGCGGAUUGGAGAGAAGAAUUCAAUAAAUACAAAGCAACUACUGAUAACAAUUAAACCCGUAUCGAUCCGGCAAGCUCUAGAACCUCUCCCUGUGACGUCAUUCCCCGCGUUUUCUGGCAGGCAAAACAGCCACCAAAACAUUUGUUUUAUGUGAUUAUCACAUGCAUGGUGUAUACGGUAAAAUGUCAAUACUUUUCAGCCAUCACCCGUAGAUCAAGCGAUACACAGGCGCGGUAAUAGAAGACUUUGCGGAAAGUUGGCAUCACUGUGCACAACAGAAUUUUGACAUGGUGUGGUUUUUAUUCCCAAAGUUUAUGUAAAAUCACCACUAGGGAAAAAUGCCAACAUACGCGCUGUAGUUGCGGUAAUAUCACUUUUGAAGCAUUGAACCUUUUCUCGAUCGUUGAUUAUAGUACGGACUUAUUGGUAGUAUUGCGCAUGCCUUAGCGAAGAUAAUUUGGAGGUGACCGGUCACGUGAGAGGGUGUCAUCAUCACUGUGCACAACAGAAUUUUGACAUGGUGUGGUUUUUAUUCCCAAAGUCUAUGUAAAAUCACCACUAGGGAAGAAUGCCAACAUACGCGCUGUAGUUGCGGUAAUAUCACUUUUGAAGCAUUGAACCUUUUCUCGAUCGUUGAUUAUAGUACGGACUUAUUGGUAGUAUUGCGCAUGCCUUAGCGAAGAUAAUUUGGAGGUGACCGGUCACGUGAGAGGGUUUAACCAAUUAAAGGGUAAAUGAGUCCGAUUUUCAUAGGAGUCUAAUUUUCAUAAUGGCAUCGACACCCAAGAUUUGAAUAUGACGUCAAAGUUGACGUCUCCAAACUUAUGCCCAGUCUUGAAUUAUUAAAAGCACCUUUUUUAGAUGUAAGACUUGAAAACUGUUUUGGUGUUUUUAAACAGAUAAUUAUCAAAAGUUCAAAAGUCUUUGUGUUAUAAGAUUAAUAUUCUCAGGUUAUUCAUUGUGAUUAGGCCAGAAUUACUUUCAUCAAUUCCGUGGA